AUGGAAACCCCCAACGAGAGGCCUUCCUGGCAAGAAAUUGCUCAGGGGGUGCAGGCGACUCGCGAUGACUCCAUUACACGUGUCGACCCCCCGAUACCUUCGUUGCCUGCAACACUCCCCGACCGGGUGAUCGAUAUUCCUCGACAGCUCCUCUCCCUUUCGGAGGUGUCCAUCACAGAAACCCCUGCUGAGGAUUUGGUAGCCUCUCUAGCCGCGGGGAAACUGACUGCGACAGCGGUCACAAAGGCUUUCCUGAGGCGUGCAGGAAUUGCCCAAAAGCUGACCAACUGCAUCUAUGAACUCCUUCCCGAGCGCGCUCUUGCCUGGGCAGAGCAACUGGACAAUUACUUGGUCGAACACGGAAAGCCAGUGGGGCCGUUGCACGGCUUACCGAUCAGUGUCAAAGCACAUGUAGGAAUUGCCGGUCGAGACAAUACAGCCGGCUUUGUCGGCUGGGUUGGCCGAAAGAAUACGGAAGACGCGAAAAUCGUGAAGAUACUCGUCGACGCGGGUGCCGUGGUAUAUGCAAGAACGACUGAGCCACAGGGUUUGAUGGCACUCGAAACCUGCAGUAACAUCACCGGCAAUACAGUGAAUCCACACAAUACGGCUCUCUCUGCCGGCGGUUCAUCUGGGGGUGAGUCGGCGUUGCAAGCGCUUUAUGGCAGCCCCCUCGGAAUUGGAUCAGAUAUCGGCGGCAGCAUCCGAUCUCCUGCUUCUAAUUGCGGGCUCUAUGGCCUCAAGCCAACCAAUGGCCGCGUUCCAUUGAUCGGAUGCGCUGCAUAUGUGAUCGGCUGUGAAACAAUUCUCGGCACCUUGGGGCCACUCUCACCAACCCUAGGAGGGAUUAACCUUUUUAUGAAAACUAUACUGGCCGCCAAACCUUGGAAUGGUGAUCCGUCGUUGCACCAAAUCCCAUGGCGUGAUAAUGAAUCCCACAUCUACCGAGACGGAAAGAAAAGACUUACUGUGGGAGUUAUAUGGGAUGAUGGUGUCGUGAAGCCUGCACCACCGGUAGCAAGGGCCCUACAAGAAACAGUCGAACGGUUAAAAGCCUGUGCUUCCGAUAUCGAGGUCAUCGAGUGGAAGCCUUAUCAACAGAAAGAAGCAUUAGAGAUUCUUACGAGACUAUACGCUCCGGAUGGCGGGAAGGCAUUUGCGCAAAACCUUGCGCUCUCAGGAGAGCCUUAUUUGCCACUUCUGGCAUGGACGCUCCGCGAUACUCCUGGCGUCGAAGAGCUCAAUCUGCAUGGAGUCUGGGAGUGGACCCUUAAGCGUGAAAUGUUCCGCUACUCUUACUGUCAAGAAUGGAACUCGGUCGCUCCUGAAAUGGACGUUAUCCUCUGCCCGGCAUAUCCGACACCCGCGCCACUGCUUAACACCUCCCGUUAUUGGGGAUACACAUCCAUCUGGAAUCUGUUGGACUACCCAGCAAUUGUCUUCCCUGUCACCAAAGUUGAUCCCGCAAAGGAUGCGAAGGACAGGACGUACGCGCCCCGAAAUGAAUUCGAUAGUUGGUGUCAUGAGCAUUACGAUGCGCAGAAACAACAGGAAGCACCGGUCUGUUUGCAGCUGGUAGCGAAGAGAUUUGAGGACGAGAAAGUCGUCCAGGCCCUGGAGCUCAUUAAGGAGAAGAUUAGAUUACCUUUCGUUGAUUGCUUCGCAUAAUUUGGGCUAUGUGUUCCAUCGAUGCGAUUAGCACCAGGUCGAUCAAAGCAUGCCACGCAUGAUUCAGUUGUGGAAGAUCAUCUGCGCUAGCUUUGCAAGUCACGUCAUUGGAGAUCCUCUCCACCAAGUUAUUGAAGAAUAAAACCUAUUUCAUGUCUCAGAAACCCGUACGCUCUUCCUAGAAUGGGCAUCCCUUUCGGAUGUAUCUGAUCGGGAGCAAACUAGCACCCGUGCAU